AGCUGGGCUGGGGAGGCCAGGAGAGCUGGGGAGGGUUCAAGAGACCUGAGGGAACAGAGAGGAGAAGAGGCAGCAGACCUGAAGGCAAGCAGGUGACAAGACAUGGAGCCAGGGCUGUGUAGCAAGGCUUACCUUCUGGUUGGCGGGCUUUGGACCGCCAUUAGCAAGGCGCUUUUUGCUGAGUUCCUGGCCACGGGGCUGUACGUUUUCUUUGGUGUGGGCUCUGUUCUGCCCUGGCCUGUGGCGCUUCCCUCUGUGCUCCAGAUUGCCAUCACCUUCAAUCUGGCCACAGCCACAGCCGUGCAGAUCUCCUGGAAGACCAGUGGGGCCCACGCCAACCCUGCUGUGACCCUGGCCUACCUCGUGGGAUCCCAUAUCUCUCUGCCUCGGGCUAUGGCCUAUAUCGCUGCGCAGCUGGCUGGGGCCACAGCUGGGGCUGCUCUUCUUUACGGGGUAACUCCAGGAGGUGUUCGAGAGACCCUGGGGGUCAACGUGAUCCACAACAGCACAUCAACUGGCCAGGCGGUGGCUGUGGAGCUGGUUCUGACGCUGCAGCUGGUGCUCUGUGUCUUUGCUUCCAUGGAUGGCCGGCAGACCUUGGCAUCCCCAGCUGCCAUGAUUGGGACCUCUGUGGCACUGGGCCACCUCAUCGGGAUCUACUUCACUGGCUGUUCCAUGAACCCAGCUCGCUCCUUCGGCCCUGCCGUCAUUGUUGGGAAGUUCGCAGUCCAUUGGAUCUUCUGGGUAGGACCGCUCACAGGGGCUGUCCUGGCUUCGCUGAUCUACAACUUUAUCUUGUUCCCUGACACCAAGACUGUAGCCCAGCGACUGGCCAUCCUUGUGGGCACCACAAAGGUGGAGAAAGUAGUAGACCUGGAGCCCCAGAAGAAAGAAUCUCAGACAAACUCUGAGGACACAGAAGCUGACCUUCCAUUCAGUAUGCCUCCCAACCCCUCCACCCCCAUCCGCUUGGCCUGUGAAAUAGCUGGGACUUAGGUAUACCACUACGACUAGCUUCUGCAUUCAUAGACAGAACAAAUCUGGAGGUAAAUCCAUCCAGUUAAUUUUCCAACUUGCCUUCCCUGUUUUCUUCUUUCUUUCAGUGUUUGACUUCUCUGUGUGAGGAGGCUGUCCGGUCAUUUUCAUUCAUGCUUGGACUUUGCUGAUCCCCUCCCUGGCUCCCCUCCCAGUACCUCCUGGCCACUUCCUGCUAGUCCUCACCUCCCAAGGCCCUCCACUUCUGUUGUAAUGUUGCUUUCAUGUUAUGUGUUUUCUGUUGCCCUCUUCCCCCAGCCUCCCCAGUCUCCCCUGUCCAGCCCUCUGCCUAGUCCCCCAGUCUA